AUGGUCUUCUUCCUGAGACAUGUUGAAACUUUUAUACAUUCCUUGAGAUCAUUUGUUUUGAUGGAAAGCAUGUCUAAAUUUACCCAGACGACCUACAAGAUUAUGAACGGCUUCAAUGGUUGGGUGGGAAGAGCAGCAAAUAAUAAUAAACGAGCGGUUACUGUAAAACGUCUGAGCAAUCGGGAAAAUCGUCGUAAUUCUUCUCAAAUGACGAAACGCUCUGGUAAAUGCGGCUGCACUAAAUGCACACGGCGUAAACACAAGAGGAAGAUGGAGCCAAGUUUGCUGGUAGCGAACAUGGGACAUCAGCAUCACGUGAUAAAAGAAAAUAAUCCAACUGCUGAUAAUUUUAUAAGUAAAUUACAAGCUGAUGAUGACAAAGUAGAGAAAGUUGAUCAAGUCCAGGAUCAUCAGCAUCAGCAUCCAGAGGAUUAUCGGAAAUUGCAACAAACGGAUUAUACCGAGCGAGCCUGGUGGACUGACAUGACUCAUCGAGUUUAUAUGCCUCCGCUGAUGCUACAGGAGCCAUCGUCAAAGCCAACUAGGUCUGAAUGUUCAUCAACAAGCUCCGGAUUUAAAACCGCUCGUCCAGAUACACCAGAGUAUCCUUUGUCCCCAAGUUCAUCGGUCGUUUUCGGUGACUCCGACUACCAGUCAUGCAAAAACUCACCUCGUUGUCACCUUAAGGGGAAAUCAAAAUCAGAUCAACAGAUAAACGGAGUAUUGGGAACUGAAGACAAGUCACCGGCAAGAAGUCCGUCGAUGCCGUUGGGCUAUCAGCCAAACUUACAAGAAUUGAGAGAACUAAAAAUUAUAGCCAGCAGACAGGACAGGAUUCAGAAUAAGGAACGACCUGUUUGCAGAACCACCAGCCAUGCAACCGACAGGUUCAGUAACUGCGUCAAGUGCUCGAGGAUCGUGUCCAAGUCUUCGAAAAAAAUUAAACAGUCCGCUUAUUAUUGA